AUCUUUUGGAAGAACAAAAUAAAUAUCAAUACUCUAUCUGCUUCAUCCUUCGAUUCUUCCACCUCGCAUACCCCUGUCUCGCUCGCUUUCUUUAGGUCUCUCAUUCUAAGCAAUCGAAUUCGAUUCGUCCUUUUCUUACCUAUUCAAAAUCUCCGAUCGUAGCCAUGGUGAAUGAAAACCCUUUUAAGAGCAUAUUGAAGACUCUUGAGAGACCUGAUGGUGGUGAAUUCGGCAAGUUCUAUAGUUUGCCUGCUCUCAACGAUCCCAGAAUCGAUAAGCUGCCAUAUUCAAUUAGGAUCCUUUUAGAGUCUGCAAUUCGAAACUGCGAUGAGUUUCAGGUUAAAAGUAAGGAUGUUGAGAAGAUCAUUGACUGGGAAAAUACUUCUCCUAAACAAGUUGAAAUCCCAUUUAAGCCUGCCAGAGUACUGCUUCAGGAUUUUACUGGGGUUCCUGCAGUUGUUGAUCUUGCCUGCAUGCGAGAUGCCAUGAACAGCCUUGGAGGUGAUUCUAAUAAGAUUAAUCCACUGGUUCCAGUUGAUCUUGUUAUUGAUCACUCAGUUCAGGUUGAUGUGGCAAGAUCGGAAAAUGCGGUGCAGGCUAAUAUGGAACUUGAGUUUCAAAGGAACAAAGAGAGAUUCGCCUUUCUCAAAUGGGGUUCAAAUGCAUUCCAUAACAUGCUCGUUGUUCCUCCUGGAUCUGGCAUAGUCCACCAGGUCAAUUUGGAAUACCUUGGAAGAGUUGUAUUCAACACAAAUGGGAUGCUUUACCCUGACAGUGUAGUUGGAACAGAUUCGCACACAACUAUGAUAGAUGGAUUAGGUGUUGCUGGUUGGGGAGUUGGUGGAAUAGAAGCAGAAGCUGCAAUGCUUGGCCAGCCCAUGAGCAUGGUCCUGCCUGGUGUGGUUGGGUUUAAGUUGUCAGGAAAACUAAGCAAUGGUGUUACAGCCACUGAUUUGGUUUUGACAGUAACACAAAUGCUGAGGAAGCAUGGGGUUGUUGGCAAGUUUGUGGAGUUCUACGGUGAAGGCAUGGGUGAACUGUCAUUAGCAGAUCGUGCUACUAUUGCAAACAUGUCUCCUGAGUAUGGUGCAACCAUGGGCUUUUUUCCUGUGGAUCAUGUUACACUGCAUUAUCUCAAAUUGACAGGCAGAAGUGAUGAAACUGUUGCUAUGAUAGAAUCCUAUUUAAGAGCCAACAAGAUGUUUGUCGACUAUAGUGAGCCCCAGAUUGAGAGGGUAUACUCCUCAUAUCUAGAAUUGAAUCUUGAGGAUGUGGAACCCUGUGUAUCAGGGCCCAAGAGGCCUCAUGAUCGAGUUCCUUUGAAGGAAAUGAAAGCAGAUUGGCAUUCAUGCUUAGACAAUAAGGUUGGAUUUAAGGGAUUUGCUAUACCAAAGGAAUCCCAAAGCAAGAUUGCCGAGUUCAGUUUUCAUGGAACUCCAGCACAACUUAGGCAUGGUGAUGUGGUUAUAGCUGCUAUUACUAGUUGCACUAACACCUCAAACCCUAGUGUAAUGCUUGGAGCGGCUUUGGUUGCAAAGAAAGCUUGUGAACUAGGAUUGGAGGUAAAACCAUGGGUUAAAACAAGCCUUGCUCCAGGUUCUGGGGUUGUGACCAAAUACUUGGAAAAGAGUGGCAUGCAGAAGUAUUUGAAUCAUUUAGGGUUCCAUAUCGUUGGUUAUGGAUGUACCACUUGCAUUGGCAAUUCGGGUGAUAUUGAUGAUGCAGUGGCAUCAGCUAUUACUGAAAAUGAUUUAGUGGCAGCAGCUGUGUUGUCUGGGAAUAGGAAUUUUGAGGGUCGUGUACAUCCUUUAACAAGAGCUAAUUAUCUUGCCUCACCUCCUCUUGUGGUUGCUUACGCACUUGCUGGAACGGUAGAUAUUAAUUUUGAAACAGAACCAAUUGGGGUAGGAAAAGAUGGAAAGAAGGUAUUUUUCAGGGAUAUUUGGCCAUCCAAUGAAGAAGUGGCAAAGGUUGUACAAUCAAAUGUGUUGCCUGAUAUGUUCAAGGCUACUUAUGAGGCAAUCACUAAAGGAAAUCCCAUGUGGAACCACUUAUCUGUACCUUCUGGGACUCUCUACUCAUGGGAUCCGACAUCAACAUACAUACACGAACCGCCCUAUUUCAAAACCAUGAUUAUGUCACCUCCAGGACCACAUGGUGUGAAGGAUGCUUACUGCUUGCUCAAUUUUGGGGAUAGUAUUACAACUGAUCACAUUUCACCAGCCGGUAGCAUCCACAAAGACAGUCCUGCUGCCAGAUACCUCAUGGAACGUGGUGCGGACAGAAGGGACUUUAACUCUUAUGGAAGCCGCCGUGGUAAUGAUGAGGUGAUGGCAAGGGGCACCUUUGCCAACAUUCGUAUUGUCAACAAACUGUUGAGAGGAGAAGUUGGACCUAAGACAGUUCAUAUCCCCAGUGGAGAGAAACUCUCCGUUUUUGAUGUGGCCAUGAGAUACAAGAGUGAGGGACAUGAUACAAUUAUCUUGGCUGGUGCUGAGUAUGGAAGCGGAAGUUCUCGUGAUUGGGCUGCCAAGGGUCCAAUGCUAUUGGGUGUGAAAGCAGUGAUAGCAAAGAGCUUUGAGCGAAUUCAUCGCAGUAAUUUGGUUGGCAUGGGUAUUAUUCCGUUAUGUUUUAAGCCCGGUGAGGAUGCUGAGACACUUGGAUUGACUGGCCAUGAACGCUAUAGCAUCGAACUUCCAAGCAGUGUGAGCGAAAUUAGACCUGGUCAAGAUGUCACGGUUGUGACAGACAAUGGCAAGUCAUUCACAUGUACUUUACGUUUUGAUACUGAGGUGGAACUGGCAUAUUUUGAUCAUGGAGGCAUUUUGCAAUAUGUCAUUCGGAACCUGAUUCAUGCAAAACAAUGAAAAAGCAACAGCUCAAUUGUCAAUAAGGUCAGUUUGCAGCUGCGAAGCAAACAGGUAAUAAAAGAUUUGGCAACAAUGCAUGAGAUGUCCUUUUUGUUGCAGAGCCCUAUCAUUUUAUGAAUAAAUAAAGAAGUGAAAAAGGGAUUAUUCGAGGGUUGACAGAUAUUAAUGCCAAAAUCCAGUUCACCAUAGAUAUUUGGCGUUAAACGUUUGAUUUUUGGAUUAAAGAGAAAAACUAUCCAGUGACUCUUAUUGUUUGUUUAGAAAAAGUGUAAUUGAACCGAUGAUUUGGUAGCUUAAAUUUUUAUAAAAUGCUGCUUCAAAGCUGGUUACUAUUGCUGUA